AGAAGACGAGAGGGAGAGGUUUUACUUCUUUGUUCUCCUUCUUUGUUCGGUGGUGGGGGAUCUCUUCGAAGGCUGGCAGAUGGGCUCUAGUGCUCCAUGGUCGUCUUCGAAGGUCCUCCUCGAUAUAGGCGGAAAGAGAUACUCAACAACAGUUGACACACUUACUCAGCGUGAACCCCACUCAAUGCUUGCGGCAAUGUUCAGUGGCCGGCACACAGUGUCUGAAGACCCUGAAACAGGGGUUGUAUUUGUUGAUAGGGAUGGCAAACAUUUCCGGCACAUUUUGAAUUGGUUGAGAGACGGAAUUAUUCCAAUUCUCAUAGAAGCAGAAUAUCAGGAGCUGUUGCGAGAAGCGGAAUACUAUCAAUUACUUGGUUUUGUUGAGCAUAUAAACAUGCAAUUGAAUAGGAAAAAAGAGGAAGAUGGUUCUGGGCCUGAAUUGACGCGCAAAGAUGUUAUCAAGUGCAUACAAUCUGAGAGAGUCAGAUUUCGCGGGGUGAACCUUUCUGGUCUUAAUUUGUCUAAACUUGAUCUUUCAUUUGUCGACUUCAGUUAUGCGUGUAUCCAGAAAACCUGCUUUAGAGGGGCUAAUCUCCAGAAAGCCAAGUUUGGGAAUGUUGAAGGACAUGGAUCUGAUUUUCAAGAUGCGUAUUUGCGUGAAUGUGAAUUUAUCGGUGCAGAUCUCUCUGGAGCUAUACUUGAUCGAGCUAAUCUUCAAAGUGCAAAUCUGCAAGAUGCAUGCUUGAUUGGUGGUAGCUUAUGUGAGGCAGAUCUACGGACAGCUCAUUUGCAGAAUGCGAAGCUUUCUGAUACUAAUCUAGAAGGUGCUAACUUGGAAGGAGCCAAUCUUAAGGGUGCGAAGCUAGGUGGUGCAAAUUUGAACAGGGCAAAUCUUCAGCGGGCUUAUUUGAGAGAUGUUGAUCUCCGAGAUACGCAAAGGGAGGGCGUGAGGCUUAAUGGUGCAAAUCUCCUCGGAGCUAUAAGGUGAUUAUUUCCCUGUCGUUGUGCAUAACUCUUUCAGUGGAAUCGCCCGGGCCAAGCUGCAUAUGCGUGGGAAGGGCACAAUGUGUUAUGUACAGGUUUGAUUGAGAUGAGAUGUUGUUGAUCAUGAUCCACAACACUGUUUAUCUUCCUUGUUUCACUAUGUCCAUAUUUGUGUCUAUAUAUAAUGCCAUGAUUUCCUAGGAGACAUAACUUCUUGUGUAGUUUGUUAAACUCAACUCAACUCAACUCGCAUCUAGUGGUUAUAUUGGAAUUUAUUUAAACCUCUUCUUGUGUUUCAA